GACCCAAACAAAGCCUUUCUUUUACCAAAACGACUCAAGUGUGAUAGCACGGCCCACGUGAAAGGACACGACUUCCCUAGACAUUUCUCCUUUUUCCCUCUUUGCUUCGCCAGCUGCUGCUACAGGAGCACAACAGCGAGAGGAUUUAUUAAUCAGCUCUUUUCAGAUGAAUAUGUACCUUCUCCACUUUUGUUCUUAACUUUCUUCAUUUAAAGUAUAAAUUCACUGGGCUAGAGCUGCUUCUGUGAUCCCCUUAAAGGUGAAUAAACCUGCAGUGCAGACGGUCUUCAUCAUGUCAGCACAAGUGAAAGAUGGAGACAUGAAAAGAGGAAUUGUGAUUAAAGACGACUGGCCCGGCUACAGUCUGGACCUGUUCACCUACCCAGAACACUACCACCAUGACAUUGAGAACGUUUACAUCCCUCAUGGCAUCAUCAUGGACAGGAUUGAGCGCCUGGCCCGAUACGUUAUGGACGACUUUGAGGACAGUAAGAUCGUGGUUCUGUGCGUCCUGAAGGGAGGCUACAAGUUCUGCUCAGAUCUGGUGGAGUUCAUUAAGAUUCUUGGUCGCAGCUCCAACCGGUACCUGGAGACGAGGGUGGAGUUCAUCCGUCUGAAGAGCUACCUGAAUGAUCAGUCCACAGAAGACCUGCACAUCAUUGGAAGCAGCGAUCUGUCUUUUCUGCGUGGAAAGAGUGUGCUCGUUGUUGAGGCCAUAGUCGACACAGGAAAGACCAUGAUGGCCCUUUUGAAGCAUGUGGAGACCUUUGGACCCAAAAUGGUCAAGGUUGCAGGUUUGCUGGUGAAGAGGGUUUCUAACAUGGCUGGAAGCCUGACAGACUACGUCGGGUUUGAAAUUCCCAACCGCUUUGUUGUUGGCUAUGCCUUGGACUACAAUGAAUACUUCCGUGACCUGAAUCACAUCUGCGUUAUCAGCAAAACUGGAAAGAUGAAGUACAAGAUAUGAGAGUCAUCAAUUCUAAACUAAUAACUUUUUCAUACUGGUCCACCUUUCUGUAAUUUUUUUUUACCUGUAAUAAAUCUCAAAAAGGUUGUGUCCAA